UAAUCAAGAAGAAGCCUUACACGAUGUGUGAGACGUCCUAUCGGUUAUACUGCAAGGGUUUGGUGAGUGAAGAGGUGGUUAAGGAUGAGACUAGGCAGAUCGGUGGUUUUGGUGUGGCCAUCUGUGACCCCGAGGAUAACCGACUAUACGAGAUGAAAAAUGCUCUAGGAGAUGAAGAGUCCACACAGCAGGAAGUUGCGGAAUUGGCGGCCUUAGUUCAUGGGUUGAAGUGGGCGUUGGAGCUCGAUUUGGGAAGGGUCACAUUCUUCUGUGAUGACUCCAAUAUCUUAGAAUACGUAACAGGUAAAGCUGAACCAAACGAGUCCAGUGUAGCAACACUUGUGAAGGAAGUGGCUCUUCUUCAGAGCAGAUUCUCGUCUUGCGAAGCACUUCCUGCAUCUGUGACUGUGAGCAGUGGGGGCAUCACUUUUGUCCUUGAGCAUGCCAGAGCUGCUAUAGCUUCCCAGAUCAGGUGGCGUGAAGGUCACGUCUACAUGGAGACUUGUCCAAUAUGCUGUGAAGACGUCUCAUGUGAUAACAAGUUUGAGGUACCUGGUUGUUUCCACCGCUUCUGCGUUGCUUGCAUUAAGAGACAAGUCGACGAGGCACUGGAUUGGCAUAAACCAGUAAAGUGCCCAAGCUUGGGUUGCAACUUGGUUGGAUCCUGUGCGGCUUAGACACAUGACUGAAUAUCUUUCGGAGAGUGCGCUGCUUGCUCAUAUGACCCGAAAAAGGGACAACAGAGUACACUGUGCGUCACCC